GAAACGGAAACCCAAAACUCAAGAAAAGUGUUUUCGGGUCUAGUUUGAGCCUAAAACAAACGGAAAUUUAGAAAAGCGUUUAUUUUGGGUUGGGUCAAGUUUAAGGCGAGAACAAACUCAUUGGUAGCUAAACAAAAUCUGAUUCGUUUCUAGACAAAGCGUAAACAGUAGGGCUACUCACCGGUCCCGACUAUUUUCGUGUUAUACCAGACGACAGGUUUUGAACAAUUUUGUUCUUUCUUUCUUUCCUGCGUUUGACUCAGCCAUACCUAGUGUCCCAGCCUAGCCGCACCAAACUCAACUCUUUCUCCUAAUCCAACCCGGUGAUAAAAUAGAGACAAAUCCUUGUCCUCUCCCCACCAAAAAGAAAAAAAAGAUGUGCUUGCUUUUGUUUGUGUGCCUAAUAAAUAGAGAGACGAGAGGAUCAAACAUUGACGACAUUCUGCCUAAAUAGUAAGACUCGGGUGAUAAAUAAGGAAUUCAUGCUUCCCUGAUCUCAAAGAAUAUCUAGCUAGGCAGCCGGCGGGCAAAGAAAAGGACAAUGGUAUGAUAAUGGGAUAUGAUGACAAGGAAGCGGUUGUCAUUGGUCGUCAAACGCACCUAAAACUAUCUAAAUCUUAGAUCUUGAUGUUAACUUGGAUCUAUUACUUAUAGGUUGAUUGUCACAUGAGUAAUGGAACCGUGGUUAGGACUAUAGUCCCUAGCAGUGCAUGCCUCAGAUUUUUUUUAUAUUUUUACGGUGACAUUCAUUUUGUUUGUUUUUUCAUGAUGAAAAGUAAAGGGAAUAAUGAAAAACUCAAAAUAGUAUAGAGGAAGUAAAAAAGUAAUUUCUCUAUUCUCUCAUAAGGACGAUGUGACACCCUUCACUUAACUGGGAGAAUUCAGCUCUUUUCCUAAGAAGAUAAACAAAAUUCAAGAGGAAAAAAGAAAAUGACUUGAUCAGUUUCCAACUCAUUUCCUAGAAUUUGACCUCGAAAUGAGCUAUCAUAUUUUGGAUCACUUGGACCACAUUUGGGAAAUUGAUUUUCUAAAAGUAGCCACUUCCAAGUUACUUUGUCUAGAAACGAAAUAGAUUUUGUUUGGCUACCAAUGAGUUUGUUCUCGUCUUAAACUUAACCCAACCCAAAAUAAACACUUUUCUAAAUUUCCGUUUGUUUUGGGCUCAAACUCGACCCGAAAACGCUUUUCUUGAGUUUUGGGUUUCUCAAAACUUAAGACGCAUCUCACGCAAGUCCUCUCAGGGCAUCUCCUACCGCCUCUGACCGCGCUAAUACAUCGAUAUUCGUGAAGAGGUACAUGUUUCUCUCUUCAUUGCCGAUCACAAGAUGGUUAAUGCAAUUAAAGGCCUUUUCAUUUCCUGUGAUGUCCCUAUGGCCCAGUUGAUUAUCAAUAUGAAUUCUUCUCUUCCUGCUUCUCAGAAGUUCAUUGUUCACAUGCUCGACAGCACCCACAUGUUCGUUCAACCUCAUGUUGCAGAGAUGAUCCAAACCAAGAUUGCCGAGUAUAGGGAUCAGAACACUUACGAAAAGCCAGCAUGAUAGCUUUAGCUAUCCUUUGAAGUACUUUGCUGUGAUAAACUUAGAUUAUGAAAUUGAUGGAUUUUGUAAGUUUCUCAACAUAAAGUUGAUGUAUUGGAUCAAACACUUCUGUUUCUUUUGAACGUAACAAGUUGGGUAUGUGCCAAAGAUAUAUCUAAAGGUUCUUACUGUGUUUUUGUCACAA